AUGGCACAAUCAGUGGAAAAAAUCGAUCUUGUGGCUACUGAAGAGACAAGUGUCCCUACUCAGUUCUCAACACCAAGGUACAUAGCAUGGAUGUACAAUUUAGAUAGUUUUGGAGUGGAGGACCGUGGAAUCGAACGAGUCCUUCCUAGUGACCGUUUGGAUGGUACUUGGUCACAAUAUAUUACUGUUUUAGGUCUAUGGUUUGCCGGAUGUGGAGGUUUAACCACCAUGUCAUCGUUUUUUCUUCCAACCUUACUCUUCGGCCUCAACAUGAAGCAGGCACUUGUCUCCGGCCUCAUUGGAAUGAACAUUGGAUGCUUUGUUCCUGCUUACUGCCUGACAAUGGGUCCCAAAUCAGGGUGUAGACAAAUGGUCACUGCAAGGUUCAUCUUUGGACAAUGGGGUGUCAAGUUCGUGGCCAUUAUCUGUAUCUUGGGUGGAAUCGGAUGGUCUGUGGUUAAUUGUGUAGUUGGGGGACAAAUAUUGUCUGCUAUAUCCAACGUUGGUUUGGAAGUGGGAAUAAUCGUCAUUUCUUUGGGCAGUUUGGUCAUUGGAGUGUUUGGUAUCCGAGUACUUCUCAAGUUCCAGACGGCGGUGGCUAUUCCAACAAAUGUUGCGAUUCUUUUGCUAUAUAUCGUGGUUUGCAAGAAGACAAAGUAUAUAUCGGAAGCCAACGAGUUGGUAAAGGAGUUACAACACUCGUCUCAGACUACCACUGGUCUCUGGCUCUCGUUCUUCACACUUGCUUACUCGGUCACGGCCACCUGGGGCUCGUGUGCCUCGGAUUACUACAUUCUCUUCCCAGAUACCACACCCGACCACAAGGUGUUUUUGCUUACGUAUCUUGGAAUCGCCAUUCCAUCCAAUUUCGCUGCUGUGGUGGGUCUACUUGCGGGAACGAUCUCAUAUGCAUACACACCAUGGAAUGAAGCCUACAACACGUAUGGAAUUGGUGGAGUAAUUGCUGCUGCAUUUCAAUCAUGGGGAAAAUUAGGCAAGUUCGUGGUGGUGGUGUUGUUUCUCUCGCUCAUGUGCAACACCAUCAUCAACACUUACUCUGCAGCGUUUGAGUUCCAGCUCAUUGAUAGAAAAAUGGUGUAUGUUCCAAGAUGGAUCUGGGCUACAUUUAUUUCGGUUGCAUAUUUGGUGAUUUCACUAGCUGGAAAGGAACAUCUUUCCACUAUCAUCAGCAAUGUUCUUGCAUUAUUAGGUUACUGGAUUUCCAUGUACAUCACCAUACUUUUGGAGGAGAACAUUUUUUUCCGGAGAAGAAGCACCGCGGCCCUUCACUACAAGGAGUUUGAGGAUAGCGAUGCUACGCUGUAUAAUUGGAGUCAAUGGGACCAGCCAAAAAAAAUUACGUUGGGAUUGGCAAGCAGUGCAUCUUUUGCUAUUGGAGUGGUUGGUGCAGUGAUGGGAAUGAACCAGGUGUAUUACAUUGGGCCCAUCUCGAAGCUCAUUGGAGAUUACGGUGGUGAUGUUGGAAUGUGGUUAUGUAUGGGAUUUUCUGGAGUGACAUAUCCUGUUUUCCGUAUGCUUGAGUUAAAGAAAUUUGGAAGGUAA